GCCCCGGCCCCGGCCCCGGCCCGGCGCAGUCAGCCCGCGCCUACCCCGGCGCUGCUGCCACCUCGCGCUCGGAGGCGUCACGGAACGUGCGCUCUCGCCCCUUCCCCCUCCCUCCUCCCUCCCCACCCCUCCCUCCCGCGCUGAGUCUCUCAGCAGCCGCCGCAGCCGCAGGAGUAGCCGCCGCCGGAGCCGUGCGCAGCCAUGGCUGAGAACCCUGGCUUGGAGAACCACCGCAUCAAGAGCUUCAAGAACAAGGGCCGAGAUGUGGAAACAAUGCGAAGACACAGAAAUGAAGUGACAGUUGAACUACGGAAGAACAAAAGAGAUGAACACUUACUGAAAAAGAGAAAUGUUCCCCAAGAAGAAAGUUUAGAAGAUUCUGAUGUUGAUGCUGAUUUUAAAGCACAAAAUGUAACACUAGAAGCUAUAUUGCAGAAUGCCACAAGUGAUAACCCAGUGGUCCAAUUGAGUGCUGUCCAGGCAGCAAGAAAACUGUUAUCCAGUGACAGAAACCCACCCAUUGAUGACUUAAUAAAAUCUGGAAUUUUACCAAUUCUAGUCAAAUGUUUAGAAAGGGAUGAUAACCCUUCAUUACAGUUUGAAGCUGCAUGGGCCCUAACCAAUAUAGCAUCAGGAACUUCUGCACAGACUCAAGCUGUUGUACAGUCCAAUGCAGUACCUCUUUUUCUAAGACUUCUCCAUUCACCACAUCAGAAUGUUUGUGAACAAGCAGUAUGGGCUUUGGGAAACAUUAUAGGUGAUGGUCCUCAAUGUAGAGAUUAUGUUAUAUCACUGGGAGUUGUCAAACCUCUUCUGUCUUUCAUCAAUCCCUCCAUUCCCAUCACCUUCCUUCGGAACGUCACAUGGGUCAUUGUAAAUCUCUGCAGGAAUAAGGACCCCCCACCGCCUAUGGAGACAGUUCAGGAGAUUUUGCCAGCUUUAUGUAUCCUCAUAUACCAUACAGACAUAAAUAUUCUUGUAGACACUGUUUGGGCUCUGUCAUACUUGACAGAUGGAGGGAAUGAACAGAUACAAAUGGUGAUUGAUUCAGGUGUUGUGCCAUUUCUGGUGCCCCUUCUGAGCCACCAGGAAGUGAAAGUUCAAACUGCAGCACUCAGGGCGGUUGGCAACAUUGUGACAGGCACUGAUGAGCAGACACAGGUUGUACUCAACUGUGAUGUCCUGUCACACUUCCCCAAUCUUCUGUCACACCCAAAGGAGAAGAUAAAUAAGGAAGCGGUUUGGUUCCUUUCCAACAUAACAGCAGGCAAUCAGCAACAAGUUCAAGCUGUAAUAGAUGCUGGAUUAAUCCCUAGUUUGGAGAAAAUUGAAGUUUUGCAGCAACAUGAAAAUGAAGAUAUAUAUAAAUUAGCAUUUGAAAUCAUAGAUCAGUAUUUCUCUGGUGAAGAUAUUGAUGAAGAUCCUAGCCUCAUUCCUGAAGCAACACAAGGAGGUACUUACAAUUUUGACCCAACAGCCAACCUUCAAACAAAAGAAUUUAAUUUUUAAGGUUAAUCGAUUGCAGCAUCUUCCUCAUGUUCAACAUGAAGCACCACCAGGUGGCUCCCAAAUAAUAAGGAAACAACAGCAACAAAAGGCUCCAAAACAUACAUGCCUCUUCGUUUUGAUGCUUCUAAGCAAGCCAUGUCUCAGUCACUUUGCAGUUG